UUUUUUAAACAACACAUGUGUCUCGUAGCGAUAUAGACGAUACUAUUUUCUCAAUAUGACUGAUGCUUCCAAUGCAAAAAACCGGCAGCCGAGUAUUUUUGAGCUGCCCAAGAAUUACCAAACAUUGCAAAAUGAAAAAUUUUAAAGCCAGUUCAAUUUUGCCUUCGAUUAUAUUCAACGUGAAACAGUGCAUUUGAAUAAUCCUUCCUUUACAUAACAACGUCGAACAAUGCCUUUCGUCAAGUUACAAAAAAACAAGGCCUACUUCAAGCGUUUCCAAGUCAAGUAUCGCAGAAGAAGAGAGGGUAAGACCGACUAUUAUGCUCGUAAGAGACUUGUCGUUCAAGCCAAGAACAAGUACAACUCUCCCAAGUACAGAAUGGUCGUUCGUUUCACCAAUAAGGACAUCAUCUGUCAAAUCGUUUAUGCUAAGCUCCAAGGUGAUUUCGUCCUUGCCGCUGCUUAUGCUCACGAACUCCCUCGUUACGGUAUCAAGGGUGGUUUGACCAACUGGGCUGCUGCUUAUGCCACUGGUCUUCUUCUUGCUCGCCGUACCUUGACCAAGCUCGGUCUCGCUGAUAAGUACGAAGGUUUCACUGAACCUGAUGGUACUGUCCAAAUGAUCGAAGCUGCUGAAGGUGCUCCUCGUCCUUUCAAGGCUUUCCUUGAUGUUGGUCUUGCUCGUACCUCCACUGGUGCUCGUGUCUUCGGUGCUAUGAAGGGUGCUUCCGAUGGUGGUAUCUACAUUCCUCACAGCGGUAACCGUUUCCCUGGUUUCGAUAUCGAAACUAAGACCAACGAUGAUGAACUUCUCCGUAACUACAUUUACGGUAUUCACGUUGCUGAAUACAUGGAAUACCUCGAAGAAGAAGAUGAAGAACGUUACAAGAAGCAAUUCGCCACUUUCAUCAAGGAAGGUGUUACUUCUGACAUGAUUGAAGACAUGUACGCUGAAGCUCAUGCUGCUAUCCGUGAAAACCCCGCUCCUCAACCCACCGAAAAGAAGGGCAAGCCUGCCAAGCCCAACAAGAAGGGUCUUCGUCUUAACAAGAAGCAACGUCUUAACAGAAUUAAGGAAUCUAAGGCUAAGUUCGAAGCUUCUCAAUAAGUUCCUUAUUUUUCCCUCAUUCUACGCAACAUUUACUUAUUAAAUAAUCAUUCUGACAAAUAAAAAAAGGUUUGAUUGUAAUUUCAGAUCUCUGUUUACAAGGUUUUUUGUUAUUUUGCAUUUAUGAUGUUGCAUUUUCAGUUAUUAUACAGUAUUAUGAUGUCAAAAUUGUGCACCUGAAUUUCUAUAUUUUUUCUAUGUUAUGUAUUACACGGCGUGUAGAUCAAAGCUUUCUGUAAAAAGUGGUUUUGUGUGACUGAAGCUUUUUUUAGUCUUUUGAUUUUUUGAUUUUUUUUUUUACUUUGUUUUUUUUUUAUUCAAAAGCCUUUUGUGUCG